AUGAACUUCAGUUUUCCUGAAGAAUUCGCAAGUGGUGGGCCCACAAGAGAGUGGAACCACGUUCCUCCUUCGGGCUUAGACCAGCUGGGCCCCGUGGUCAAAGGUUCAGCCACCUGGCGCUCGCCAGCGAGCCUUUCCCCCGGGCCUGGCUACAGGCUCUACCAGGAGCAUGUAGCUCCCGACAACAUAGCUCCAAGGAUCACUAGACCGCACAAGCCCUUCUACCACAGCAAGGCCUCGAUCCAAGAAGGAAAGAUGAGAGUCUGGAUCUGUUGCAAGAUGAAGGUGAAGAAGAUCUCCACCACCUUCUUCACUGGGAUUAUCAUUAUGUCUCUCUUAUUCCUGGCUGUCGGCUUUCACUCCAAGUACCAGGCUCAGACAAAUUUCGACCAAUGGCUCCACAACAGGCUCGGGUUUGGUCCCCACCCAUCCCAGAGAAACAUAAGAGUCUGGUUCUGCUGCACGGUGAAGGUGAAGAUCUCCACCAUCUCAUUCACGGCGUUUAUCACUCUGUGUCUCUUAUUACUGGCUGUCAACUUUCACACCAGCUCAAACGUUAGUCAACACCAGGAAGACUCAGAAGUUCAUUCUCUACAGAGGAGGAAAUUAGUUUCAGGGCAUUCUCCUCGGCUCUGUACACUCAAAACAAAUGUGAUGUUCCUGAAGACCCACAAAACGGCCAGCUGCACCAUCAUGAACCUGCUCUACCGCUUUGGGGAAAAACACAACCUGACUUUUGCCCUACCAAAGGGUUACCAUUUUGACUAUCCCAACUUUUUCAACUCACGCAGCGUAAAGGGCUUCUUGGGGCAGAGUGGACAACACUACAAUAUGAUGUGCAGCCAUAUGAGGUUCAACCAACCGGAGGUCCAGAGAGUGAUGCCGGCAGACACCUUCUACAUUUCUAUUCUGCGUCACCCAGUCAGUUUGGCCGAGUCCUCAUUCAACUACUUUCACUCUUUGGCACCAGCCUUUAAACACUCUCCCACUUUUGAAGACUUUAUUGCUAAUCCCUGGAAGUACUACAUACCAUACCUGCGCUUUAACCACUUGGCUCGAAAUAUGCUUUGGUUUGACUUAGGCUUUGACCACAAUGCUGAAUUCUCACUGCAGUCUGCCCAGUCCGUGGUGGCAGAAAUCCAGCAGACUUUCCAUUUCAUCCUAUUAGCCGACUACUUUGAUCAAUCAAUGGUCCUCCUUCGGGAUGCCCUCUGUUGGUCACUGGAUGAUGUUGUCACCUUUAGGCACAAUGCUCGCACUAAUGCGAAACCAAAGUGCCUGUCCCCAGCACAGGAGGAGCAAUUAAAGAAGUGGAAUGCUCUAGACUGGUAUUUAUACCAAAGUUUCAAUAAAACUUUCUGGGAGAAGGUGGAGAGGUUUGGAAAACGUAGAAUGGAUAAGGAAGUGGCCAUCCUUCAGGCCCGCCGUGAAGAACUUCAGAAUCUCUGUCUGUUGAAAGAAGGGAAACCACCAGAGGUAAAGCCGAGUCUUGGUCAAGGUGUUGAACGAUGCCAAACUGGCCAUGUCACAAUGAUGAAACACACUUUGAACUCAAACCUGAGCAUUUCAGACAAAGAACUCUGCUCACGAAUGAUCAGGGAAGAAUAUGAGUAUACAGACUUGAUGCGCAAGAAACAGUUUCCGAAGACAUAAACUUUGCCACAGCAAACUGCAGCUAAAGGGAUCAGAAGGGU